AGACGAGUGGGAGAGACGGGAGGCAGCCAGCGUUUGACGUGAGAGUCGCCGCACAAGGGGCAGCAAAAUACUCCGAAAAUACUCUCAACGGCAAUGGCGGACGAAGAACUACCAGCAGGUUGGGAAAAACGGCUCAGCAGAUCGACCGGUCAACAUUAUUAUUUAAAUAUUUAUACUAAAGAAAGUCAAUGGGAUAAACCGGACAAGCCCGCAGAUCGUUCGAGCAAUGGCAAGGUAGAUGGCCCAGAAGAAGUGCAAUGUUCACAUCUACUUGUGAAACAUUCAGGAUCUCGACGACCUUCAUCUUGGCGGGAAGAGAAUAUUACUAGGUCAAAGGAUGAAGCUCUUGAGAUGAUUAAAUCAUAUAGAGAACAAAUUGCAUCUGGCAAAGCGACAUUUGCCGAGCUUGCCUCGAAAUAUAGCGACUGCAGUUCAGCGAAACGCGGCGGUGACCUCGGACCCUUUGGUCGGGGCGCGAUGCAAAAACCAUUUGAACAAGCUGCUUUCGCUCUCAAAAUCGGCGAGCUAUCCUCGCCCGUACACACAGAUAGCGGAAUUCACAUCAUUCAACGGACCGCAUAAACCGGCUGAAAUGUUUUACUGAAAGUGUGUCAAUGAGGAAGUCUCUUCUCUCUUCGUCUUUUCAACUAUUUCUGACUUAAUCUUAUCUUAUUGUAAAUUCACAUCGUUCUUCCCACAACAUUAUUAUUUUAUAAUUUGUUGCGACGUACUUGUUUAAGUCAGAAUUUGAAUUUGACGUUUGUUUCGAGCGAUUCCGUUUUAUUGUAUUUGUACUCUAUUUUUUAAAUAGCGACAAAAGCAUUAAGGUAAGGGUAUGAUGUAUUCUCGGCAUACAUCACACACACAAACACGCGACACAACACGACACAUACACUAGGAGAAAUAAACUGAUUAACGUGAAUACUUACAAUUAGUCAAUACAAUUUGUGUAUAAUUUCGCGGUAGAUUUACAUUUGCCAUUAUAUAUUCUUAUAUCGCAAGAUACAUAACGCAGUUAUAAAUCAGUCAGUGUAUAAUGCGCUAAAUGUGUCUUCCUGCUGGAUGGACUAUCUAUUCAAUAUCACUAUUGAUGAUCAAUAAUCAUGUAUUUUGCUUUGAGGCAAAAGAAAGAAAAACAAAAUCUCUCCAAAUACAAAUAGCGGAAAAACAUGGCACAAAACACAUGUUUUAGCGACAAAAGUUUGCAGCAUAAUAGUAAUAUUAAUAUAUUGGCAUAAUAGUUUUUACCUCCCGCUACUCUUGUUAAUUGCAUUUAUGUGAAAUGUGAUCUUACGUGUAUCUUUUAAAUAAUUUAUCCGCGUCUACAAGCAUGAAAUAAAAAUUGAGUUUUCAUUA